UUUUUACAAACUUAUUUGUUUAAUUGAAAAACUGGCCUUGACAGAAACCGAAACAAGUAUUUCAAAUUUUUUUCUUAACUAGCGCUAAACGUGAUAAUUUGUGGAAUUUCAGAUCCAUCAGUCAGAAAAAACUCCUAUGUACAAUGUAAUGUAUAAAUCUCAGGGUUAAUUCAUUAACUUUUCAAUAAAAUAAGAAAAUAUUAAUUAAUUUUUAUACCACCUAUGAAGAAAGCAUAGAAAAGUUAUAAUUGUGUAAUUUAAUUUAAAGAUUACCAAUAAAAUAAAUCAAUGACAAAUUGUAAACAAGCUACUCAAAAUACCGAGAGCAUGUUAGCUCCCAGAGACGUAUUUUCAUAAAUUGCAAUAAAUUGUUUUGUGAACAAUUAUGUUUUUACCCAAUGUUUGAUGCAAACUUCUAUGCUUAACGUUUUUAGAAUAUAAUAUAAUUUUGGAAUUUAAGUGACUAUUAAUUUGAAGUUCAAUCAGAACAAAAUAAUUUGAUUGUAUAUUUUCAGUAUUUAACUAUUUUCAAUGAAUUUAAAUGAAAAAGAAAAUAUGUCAAUACCUCAUAUUAACAGCAAUGAAUCUAUUACUUCAUUUGAUGUAUCAUCAAAUUGGGAGGUAGUUGGAAAUACAAAAAAGUUCAGCAAUUCAAUCUCAAUUGGCUUAGCAGCUGACUGUUUAGACGGAAUAUCUCUUGAAGAUAUUGCAGACGAAAAAACAUGUAUUACAAUAAAGCAAAAGGUAAAUGACAGCGAGCCUUGUACAGUGGAGAUAAAAUUGAUAAAUAGGGGAACAAAAAUUAAGCGGGUAGGAAUAGUUUCCGAAGCUUCUGUCUUAGAGAUUUUUCAGGAAUUUGGAGAAUAUACGACAACAGUUUUUACUGAAAUGAUUGAUGAGUUUGAAGAUGCUGUUGUUACUUAUGCCGAUGUUGUAUUUGAACGACCAUCGUCUGAAGUCAGUAUAAAGUUUACAAGAAUUAAGGAUAACAAAUCUAAAAUGUUUCUAUAUGGAAUCCGGCUUCUGCUCCAACAAUCAGAAGUUUCAAACGUUACAGAAAAUUUUGAUGCAUCUGUAAUGAAUGAAUGUUUACUAAAGUUACUGGAGAAAGCAAACAAAGCACAAGGAAAAUUAAGUUGUGCCGUUGAUAAAAAACAUGACAAUAUUAGUAAUAAGUACGAUCUCACUACAAAUAACAACUCAAACAAUGUUUUGCGAAUUGAUCGUGACCAUGUUGAGUCGAAUGCGGAAUUUUUAACUAAUGAGCAGUAUGAAAAAAAUGAACAAUUAAAAUCUGCGAAUAUUGACUCGACAAAUUAUCAUCAAACUCUCGAAACUUUGCUUGAUUUGAAGAUUUCACAAAUGGAGCAACGACUCUCGCGAAAAAUAGAUCUGUUGGAAGCUAGAACAAAUGAAAAAUUAGAUAAAAUUAUAAAUUCACUAUAUUUUCUAAAGAAUCCUACUGUAGAACAAUAAAUAAAUAAUUUAAUA